AUGGCUUGGAAUAUUUGCCUAGCAGUGUUACAAACUUGUGUUGUUCAGCAGACAAAAGGUCGGAAACUAAAAUUAAGCAAAUUGCUGAGCAGCUUAGAAGAUUUUGCUUUUGAUGCUAGUGACAAAGCAAAAGGCAGAUAUAAAAUAGUUCGGCUAGAGUCAGAAAAAGAAGAUUUUCAAAAGGAAAAAUUAUCAGAGGAAAUUCGCGAGUUAUUUGAUUUUGAUAAAGCAAAAACGGAGGUUAUUCAAAAAGAGUCUCAGUAUUUUGAUGAAGAGGAAGAAAACCAAUUUUCUGAAAGUGAUUUUCAGCAAACAGUUGAAAAGAAUUUAGAUUUAAGCAAGCAAUUUGAAGAAUUCGUUGAGGAGUUAGUUAGCAAAGAAAAAGAAUUGAGCGAACUUGAGAAGAAGAAGGAGUUGAAUAAUGUAAUUGAGGAAAGGAAUACAAAAAUAGCAGACUUAGAAAGAGAAUUAGAGAACAGGUAA